AAAACCACAAAUUUUUCUUAAAAACAAUAAAAAACCAAAAAAAAAACCUCUUAGAUCCUUAGAUUCACAAUAUUAAAACAAUAUCGGAAUGCCCCAAGAAAACUGAAAGUAAUAUAUUGAAAACCAGGAGGCACACCACAUUUUUACAGGGAGGAAAAUGAAGGUCCAUUGGAUUUCUAUGCAUUUAACCUCAUCUUGCCUUUACCAGUCCCAACCUAAUUAUGUCUAAGCAAGCAAACCCACUUCAAAUCCUAUUUAUGUCUAAGCAAGCAAACCCACUUCAAAUCUUUUUUGCUUUGCUGUAUUUAAAUUAGAAGACAAACCCUAUCCUGUUUUUCAUUUUUUUUUUUCGGGAAGUUGGAUGGAUAUGCAGCAUUAUCAGAAGCAGGAGAGCGUUGGAGGCUAUGGUUUAGCAGGAGGUCAAGGGUUCUACACCCUUGAAUCCCUUGAAGCCUCGCAUCAACAGCACCAUCUGUACCCGCCGGGGACUUCCUACUCCUUGCCUUCAGAUGGAACAAUACCUCCAGGGUCAUAUGCUCCUGACAUGAAGGCCCAACUAGAGCAGACUCCGCACGAUCGUUUGACAGCCUAUCAUUAUCAACAUCAACAGCAGGGUCAUAUGAGUCUUGCGGCUCAGGGCAGUUAUGGCUCGGCGCAGACUGACUUUGGCAGGGCGGGGGGCUUGGUGGCUUCCUAUGGGCGGGAUUCCUCUCUUUAUCCUCGCUUGGCCCCUGGUUCUAUUCCGCCUCCGCGCUAUGCUCCCGAGGAACAGUAUGUUCCGCAGGAAGGGCACACCCCUUGGUACCGCAACGAAACUCUUAGUGGCAGCAGCAGUGUUCUGCUACAGCAGCAGUCCUCUCUCCCCUUUUCAGCUGGCGCUGAAUUUAGGCCCUCUCAUCUUUCGUUGCCCUACCGGGGUUUACCCAUGCCAUCUUCAAAAUCUCAGGUUCUGAAUUCUGGAUCAAGUGGCAUUUUCAAAAAGAAAAUGGCAUCACAGUUCAAACACAUUCCAGCGUUUAAAAAAAAGAGUAGCAAGAUGGGGCCUCCAAAGCACCCUCAACCUGUUGUCAGUGGACCUGGAGGACCUGGGUGGUGUUCUGUCUGCGAGAUUGAAUGCAAUUCGGGGGAAGUUCUUGAGACCCACUGCCUUGGAAGAAAGCACAGACGACGAUUGGAGAAGAAGGAAGAGCUCCUAGCAUUCCAAAAAAAGGUAAAUGAAAAUCACAUGCAGCAGCCAGGCACAGGGAACAUUGAAGAGAAUCUGAAGAUAGAUGAUAAAAAUAACAUGCAUACUCCUUUGGGUAGUAUCCAGACAAAUGCUAAGAAAAAGCAAAAUGAUUUGUCUGAUAUCAAAUCUCAAGCAGAUCAGCAGCAGAUGGUAACAGUAAAGAUAGAACAUCCGGACAAGAACCAAAAUCAAGAAGGGGAAGCAGAUGCCAAAGCAUCUAAUUCUAAUCAGGGGAAAAGAAAACAAAAAGCAAAAGCAGCAGAUAACCUAGAUACCAAACGCCAAAGAUUAUUGGAUGCAGGCACUCUUAUAUCGGAUCUUAAGGUAUGCACUUUAUGCAAUGCAGUUUGUAACAGCCAAAUUGUUUUUGAGUCACAUCUUGCUGGUAAAAAGCACACUGCUCAAGUGAAAAAGUUAGAGGAAGAGGCCAAUGCUGUCUCGCAAGGUAACAAGGUAGUUGAGGAGGCUAAUGCUGUCACAGCGGGUAACGAGAUAAAGGAAGAGGCAACAGCUGAUUCACAAAGAAACACGACAGAGGAAGAGGCAAGUGGUGACUCAGAAGGUGGUGACAGCGACAAUGAAUCUAUAGCUGAUGGUGAAGUAGAUGGUGAGGAUGGGAAGGCUGACUAAAUUAGAGACCAGUGGCUAAGGAUCAUAUGAAAGAAAGUGAAUGCUUCAGUAUGAUUGGUAGGCAAGAAGAAAAGCCAGUGGUGAACAUGAGUUAGAUAAGCUAGGGAUAGGUUUCAGAGCCUUAAGGGAUGCAUUAAUAAAAUGUAAUACCUUUGCUUCCUAAGGUAUAAGAGGCUGGAAUACCCAUCAGAUUGAUUGGAUCAUUUACAUCACAUGGGUUGAGUUCUGAAGGCAAUGGUGCCUUUUUCUUUAACCUUCACUGUAUCUGAAGGGAAUGUCUUGUCUAACAUUGCAUUUGGAUUAUGAUUCAGAAUAACAUUUCUGUGGAGUUUUUAAUAGAUUCCAUAAUUUUGUUUUGCUUCUACAAGAAUUGUUUGACUUCAAUUUUCAGGAAUGGUAUAUUACAACAUUCUUUUUGAUCAUGGUUAA